CUGCACACAGCAGGGCUUGGAGCUGGAUGAGCAUUGAGCUCCUUUGCAACCCAGGCCGUUCUAUGAUUCAGGCACACUGUCCUUCAUUCAAAGCAUCAGCAGUGGAGCUGCCUGGGCAGGAGGUCCCACUCUGUCCUCACCUCCAUGGCUGCAGCUGCGUCCUUAAAGUUUGCAUCCCACAGUAAAUGAAUCCAGGCAGAGCAGCAAACCCUGAGGUGGUCACAUAGUUUGACAUCACUCUGCUGCUCUAUGGCAGCAGCACCUGGCACUGAGCAGGACCCUGCCCCACACCUCUCAGCAGCAGCUCUUUGGGCUGCAGCCUGAGGUCACACUGCAGGAUGUGACCCUGUGUUGCCCUUGGUCUGCUGAUAAUUGGCUUCAACGGGGAUUGUCUGCGAGGAGGAUUUGUCGUAGAGCCCGAGGUGAGGGAGGAAGCCAGCACUCAGCAUCAUGGCCCUUUGUCCCUUGUCCCCAGGUGAAGGGAGGGCGGUGUGGAUGGGAGAGAUUUGGGCCACGCUCAGCGGAGUGAUGAUUUGGGGCUGAAGUAAAGACAUGUGCAGUGCUGGAGACUGCAACUCUGUGCACCACAGCCUGAGGCACGUAGGACAAACAGCAGUGCCUCAGAGCUGGAGUGCACCUGGCUGAUGCUGGGGCAUUGAGCCAAGGGCAAGCUGCCAGGCUCGAUAACUGGACCUGACCUGACCUGUGUGAGUUGUUGAGCAAUGUUUUUAUCAUGCAAGCUGAAGGCUGUGGUCCUGCAGCUUCCUUGAGGUGUGCUGUUGGCUGUGCUGUGCUCGCAGUGCCCCGUCUGGGGCAGCAUGGUGCCGUGUCAGCACAGCAGCUCAGAGCUCGGCCGAGGAAGGAUCUGGAUGGCUCUGCCUGGCAGAAAUGCAGUCGCGUGUCUCCCAGCCUCGUGGUGCAGAGCUAGAAGCUUGUCCCAUGCAGCUGAUGCUGCUUUCUGCCUCUGGUGCCUCCAUCCAGCACUCAGACUGUUGUGAAACACCGGCUGUGCCCAGGUCCGUCAGCAUGCUCCAGGUACCGCUGCCCCUGGAUCGUGAUGGUAUCCUGUUCCGGCUCCGUUUCACCACUCUGGCUGUUUGGACUGUGUUUUGCCCCUUGUUUGGUUUCCUUUUCUGCGUGAUUUGGUCUCUGCUCUUCCACUUCAAGGAGACAACAGCCACGCACUGCGGGGUCCCAAACUACCUGCCCUCCAUCAGUGCUGCCAUCGGAGGAGAGACCCCGCAGCGCUACGUCUGGCGGCUCUGCAUUGGUCUGCACUCAGCUCCACGUUUCCUGGUGGCUGUUGCCUAUUGGAACCACUACCAGAGCUGCCACUGCUCCCACCCUCGCUACCUGCGCCUGUGCCACCUCAACCUGCUGCUCAACCUGCUCGAGAACUUUGCCCUCCUCGUGCUGACCUAUGUGUCCUCCUCAGAGAACUAUGCAAUCCAUGAGAAUGCCUUCAUCGUCUUUAUCACGUCAGCUCUGGGCCACAUGCUCCUGACGUGCAUCCUCUGGAGGAUGACUAAGAAACACACAGUAAGUCCCGAGGAGCGCAAAUCCUACAAGUGGAAACAGCUGCUCUUCUUCAUCACCUUCAUCACCUUCUCCAUUGCCGUCUGCGUCUAUUUCCACCACAACUGGUACUGCAGACCUGGAGUGUACACCAUCUUUGCUUUCCUGGAGUACGUGGUGGUCUUCUCCAACAUGGCCUUCCACAUGACGGCCUUCUGGGACUUCGGCAACAAGGAGCUGGUGGUGAGCUCGAUGCUGGAGGACAAGCAUUUCUAACCGAGCGCUCCCACGGUUUGUGCUGCCCCGUGGCGUGGGCCGGGGGCUGCAGUUGCCCCCAUGCUGGGACCAGGAAUGGGAUUCGCUCCUCCUGGCUGCGCUCCGGUGCUCAUCAGAGCUCUGUGUGCUGUUCUGUGCCCCCGUGCCCUGGGCUGAGCUCUGCAGGUGGGAUCUCACAGCCCGGGCACCAGGGAUGCGAGGACUGGAGGUCGCUGCCUCUUUGCAGUGGGUUGGGCAGAGCAGUUGCUGCUUGUGGUGUUGGGCCCGUUUUCUGCGUGCUGCUUCCACCCCCAGGCUGAUGGGAUUUAUUGGGGACCCUUCAUCCAAAUCCCUGAAAAGAAUCUGUGGUCCAAAGGUGGCCAGCCUGCCCCACAGCUCUGGGACCGUGGGCACUUUGCUGCAGGGCUGGGUGCACUGCUGGGGUCCCAUGUCCCCAUCCGUGUGUACCCCCAUCUCCCACCCAGGUGGGGCGCACAGCCCCUCCCUGCAGCGCCUUCUCCUGGCUUUGGAGGAUGAAAUAAAGCACUGAGGAUUUUUGGGA